CAAGGGCAAAAACAAUCACAUGAGCAAGAACAAUCGUAUCGGCAAGGACAAUCACAUGGGCCAGAACAAUUGCAUGGGCAAGAACAAUUACAUGGGCCAGAACAAUUGCAUGGGCAACUGAAAGAUCAAUUGCAUGGGCAAGUGCAAGAUCAAUUGCAUGGGCAAGUGCAAGAUCAAUCGCAUGGGCAAGUGCAAGAUCAAUCGCAUGGGCAAGUGCAAGAUCAAUCGCAUGGGCAAGUGCAAGUUCAAUCGCAUAGGCAAGUGCAAGUUCAAUUGCAUGGGCAAGUGCAAGAUCAAUCACAUGGACAAGUGCAAGUUCAAUCGCAUGGGCAAGUGCAAGUUCAAUUGCAUGAGCAAGUGCAAGUUCAAUCGCAUGGGCAAGUGCAAGUUCAAUUGCAUGGGCAAGUGCAAGAUCCACAAAGAAAAUCACAAAGAUUAUCAAAUAGAUUAAAAUCAAACUUAUAUGCACCUUUUAAACCACCUUCAAGAAUAUUAUCAAACGAACCUCAAGCACAAAAUUCUAAUACUGAAAAAAUGGCAUUUUUAAUUUUUGUAACACUGGUAAAUAAUGAUUUCUGUGAUGAUUUUGAGAAUACUAGAUUCAGAAGUGAAAUUAAAACUGUAGUUGCAAAUGUAUGUAAUUGUUUAGAUUCACUUAAGGCUAAAGCAUAUCGUGAAUUUUUAGUGGAACAAAAAAAAUUCAGAAAACAAGAAAGAAUAUAUCAGUUUGCUCUAUUAAAGCUAUUUCAAGCUGUUUCUAAUUCUUCGGAUUAUAAUGAUACUUUUGUAACAUACGAUAAAAUUAAAAAUGAAGGUAAUAACGAUUUUAAAUAUCAAGUCAAAUUUAAAAUGAGUCUACACUUGCUUGCUGGUGCUGGCUGUAAACAAAAUAUUGUAGAAGGGUGUAAACAUGUUAUUGAAGCUGAACGUCUUGGUUCUUUACCUGCAAAAAAAUGGACAAACGAUUACAGAAAAAAGAAUGAUUAUGGUGCAGAAGAGGCAUGCAAAUUAUUUAGAUAA